AUGAACGCGGUUCUCAUAACAGGCGCGACCGGCAAACAGGGAGGUUCUCUCAUUCGAAACCUCGUCUCCCGAAACUCUUCCUUGGAGAUCUUAGCCGUCACGCGAGACUCCUCUUCCGCUUCAGCUCAACGGCUGAAACAGUUGUCUUCCAACAUCAAACUGGUAGAAGGCAACUUGGACAACCCGGCAGAGAUUUUUCGCAAUGCGCGCGCCCAGACAUCGUCUCCGAUUUGGGGUGUCUUUAGUGUCCAGGUGGCCAUCGGCAGCAAUGUCGACGAGGAAGCACAGGGAAAGAAAUUGGUCGAUGAAGCCCUUAAGCAAAAAGUGAAGUACUUCGUCUACAGCUCUGUGGACCGUGGCGGGGAGCGUUCCUGGGACAACCCGACCGAUGUCCCUCACUUUCUGAGGAAGCAUCACAUUGAGCAUCACCUGGUGGAUAAGGCUAAAGGAACUGAAAUGGACUGGGCGAUCCUGCGCCCCGUGGCAUUCAUGGACAACAUGGUCCCUGGCUUCCUGGGCAAGGUCUUUGCGACAGCCUGGAAAAUGGCACUUAAGGGCAAAUCCCUUCAGGUGGUCGCUGUCAGUGACAUCGGUCACUUUGGCGCAGAAGCUUUCCUUAACCCUGAUGAGUACAAGGGCCGGGCGAUCUCGUUGGCGGGAGAUGAUUUGACGUUCGAUCAAUUGGCACAGGUGUUCCAGCAGAGGACGGGUCAGCGGAUACCCAUGACCUUCCAGUUCGUGUGUUCCUUGCUGUUAACCGCUGUCAAGGAUAUGGGGUAUAUGUACAGGUGGUUCCAUGAUGAAGGAUAUCAGGUUGAUAUUGGCGCGCUAAAGAAGAAGCAUCCCGGAUUGAAGAACUUUGGGGAUUGGCUCGAGCAGGAGAGUGAUUUUGUCAAGCGGUAG